AGCACGCGUGCUUGGAGGAAAAAAACAGGAAGGGAAAAGACUGAGGUGGACAAGUUAAGAGGAGGGUUAUCACCAGUCACACAUCUGAGCUGAAGACAAGACAGUUCACAGCCAGACUGAGGAAAGAGGAGGAGGUGGCCAAAACAUCUGGAAGGUACUUCAUCCUGAAGAAACAUCAGCUACACUUUCCUCUGAAGACAUCUCCAUCCACCCUGCUGUCCAAACUGGAGUAUGUACUGCCACCCUUGUCACCCAUGCCGCUGAUCCAGGUGGUCAGCAGCAUGAUCUCACAGUACCCACUGGCCACCCUCAUGUCUUGGCCUGCUGGUUCCAACAACCACUGCCCCGACCUGGACUGCACCUUGCUGCUGGAGGGGGAGGGAGGCGUCGCCCUGCAGAGGUUCCAGCCUCGCUACCCAGAGAGCAGCCCCCGACACUGGAGCUCAGUGCAGGACUGGGGGGAGGAAGUCGAGGAAGGAGCCAUCUACAACGUGACACUGAAGAGGGUUCAGAUUCAACAGGCAGCUAACAAGGGAGCAAGAUGGCUGGGGGCGGAGGGCGAUCGGCUCCCUCCCGGCCACACGGUGAGCCAGCUGGAGACCUGCAAAAUCCGCAGUAUCCGUGCGGGGACGCUGGAGAGACUGGUGGAGACGCUGUUGACGGCGUACGGAGACAACGACCUCACCUACACCUCCAUCUUCCUGUCCACGUACAGAGCGUUCACCUGCACGCAGACUGUCCUGCAGCUGCUGCUCGACAGUUAUGGAUGCAUGGAGGAAAAUGGACAUGACACAGAGAGAUGCCGUGGCUCGGAAACAAUCGGAGCCAUCAGAAAUGCCUUGGCCUCUAUCUUGUGUGCCUGGCUGGACCAGUGUCCUGAAGACUUUCAGGAGCCUCCUGACUACCCAUGUCUGCACCGGCUGAUGGACUACCUGCGUAAAGCUCUGCCUGGGUCCGAGGCUCUGAGACGGGCAGAGAAUCUGCUCGAGCAGCUGCAGAGUCAGGCUGGCAUGGAUGACAAUGACGGUGGUUUCCAUGCCAACAGUUCUUUCUGCCUGGGGGAAGAUGAGGAAGUAGAAUUUGAGGUCCACGAGGACUUCCUGUCUUUCGAUGCCGACCUGGUGGCUGAGCAGCUGACCUACAUGGAUGCGCUGCUGUUUAAAAAGGUGGUUCCUCACCACUGUCUGGGCUCCAUCUGGUCUCAGAGGGACAAGAAGCACAACAAACACUGUGCCUCCACCAUCCGAGCCACCAUCACUCAGUUUAACGCCGUGGCCGCCUGCGUGGUCAGCACGGUGCUCAAACACAAGCAGAUCAGACCGCAUGUCAGAGCGAGGGUCAUCCAGCGCUGGAUAGACAUCGCUCAGGAGUGUCGUAUACGUAAGAACUUCUCGUCGCUGCGCGCCAUCGUGUCGGCUCUGCAGUCGAACCCCUUGUACAGACUGAAGAGAGCGUGGGCCUGUGUGCACAAGGACAGCAUGCAGACGUUCGAGGAACUGUCCGACAUCUUCUCAGACCACAACAACUACCUGACCAGCAGAGAGCUUCUCAUGAGGGAAGGCACUUCAAAGUUCGCCAGUCUGGAGAGUUGUGCCAAGGAGCACCAGAAACGCACCCACAAGAGGCUGCAGCUGCAGAGAGAGAUGGGAGCGAUGCAGGGAACGAUACCAUACCUGGGGACUUUUCUCACCGACCUAACCAUGUUGGACACAGCGCUGCCGGACCUAGUAGAGGGCGGCCUCAUCAACUUUGAGAAGAGACGCAGGGAGUUUGAGGUGAUCGCUCAGAUCAAGCUGCUCCAGUCGGCCUGUAACAGCUACUGCCUGACUCCAGAGUCGACCUUCCUGCGCUGGUUUAAGCACCAGCUUCAGCUCAGUGAGGAGGAAAGCUAUUCUUUGUCCUGUGAGAUCGAAGGUCUCGGUGAUAGCAGUCCGACUUCACCCAAGCCUCGGAAAAGCAUGGUGAAGAGACUCAGCCUACUGUUCCACGGAGCAGACAACAGCACAGCCAGUUCUCCAGUCAGAGAGUUGCCAAGGUCGCCCCCCACUGGCAGCUCAGGGGAGAGCAUGGACUCAGUCAGUGUGUCCUCCAGUGACUCGAGCAGCCCGUCAGACAGCGAAGCACUCACUCCUCUGACUCACACCUCUGACUCCCAGCACAACAAGCUAUCCGAAUCGUCCUCCUGUAACUCCCUCCACUCCAUGGACACCAGCUCGUCGACGGCCAGCGUCCCCAUGUCCCCUCCACCCCCCACUCACCCCGGUGCCCCCUGCAUCCACAGACGCUCCCUCUCCCUCACCCCCUUGUCCCCCGCGUCCCCGAGUCAAACCCCAGCGUAUAACACCCAGGCCCAGGACGUGUGCAUCAUCAGGGUCAGCCUGGAACACGGCAACGGGAACCUCUACAAGAGCAUUCUUUUGACGAGUCAGGACAAAACACGAGCUGUGAUUUCUAGAGCAAUGGCGAAGCACAACCUGGAGGUGGAGCCAGAGGAAGGAUAUGAGCUGGUACAAGUCAUCUCUGAGGAGAGAGAGUUGGUGAUCCCAGACGGCGCCAACGUCUUCUACGCCAUGAACACCUCGGCCAACUUUGACUUCCUGCUGCGCGUGCGAGGCUCGGCCGCUCGGUUGGUGCAGCUGCGGAGCCGCUGCAGCUCCACGCUCCCUCGAGCCCAGCACCGCUCCAGCCUCUCGCUCAGACUCAGCAAAGUCACGCUGUGACACAUGCACUGACACGAGCCAGUGAUUUGCCCUCACACCACUAACCCAGGACAACGCGGGGCCAAGAACUGAGGGAAGCGCUGGAGGAUGGAGGUUUUGAUCCCAACUGAGCUUCUGACUUUUGAAGGGCUUCACCUCGACUCUUAUUUAGUGAACAGUGCCGUUUGGUGGGUGUGUAGCGUGACUGCUGUGCCAGUGGGACUGUGAUUUUCACUCGCGAAGCCUGUGACAGAGCAAUACGGCGACCCCAAGUGGCCUCCGCUUUUUACUACAACAGGUUUUUCUUUUCUGUUUUUUUGUUUGCACAUGUUGUGUGGGAGGAGCCAAACUCCCGACCUCCAACAGUAUUCUGAUAUUAAAAUGUCCUGUGAUGUCUGUGUAGCUGAACAACUACUUUUCUGGUAAUAGAAGAGUGAUGAUGCAGAAUUGUCCUGUUGCCUUUUUCUUUUUUUUUAAAUGAUGACAGUAAUCUGAAUGAUAUUGGUGAUCUGAUUGACCAGAGCUGUGAUGUCAUUGUUCACCCCCCCCCCACCCCCACCGCCCUAUAUUUGACAUGUUUACCUGCCAUGUCUGCCUUGUGCACAGUGUGCACAGUGUCUUCAGCCCCCUCACAUAAUUGUGAGCUGUGUGACGAAUGCGGCCUCGCGUGCAUUCUGAUUGGUUCCAGUACUUGGUUUUAGCAAGUCCUCGACACACGUCGACACAGAACUUACCUGCGCUCGUCGUCACCCUGCGUUCAGGGUGUCGAGAAGCAAUUUGUGCUGCUGUAUCUGAUUUAAAAAGGAAGAGAAAAGAACGACAGGUGAUGAAAUGAAGGAAGGAGCGACGUGUUCACUGUCUCAAACUGAUGCAUACUUGUACCUCUUUGCUCUUCAUUAUAUGAAUUAUAGAGUUGCACUUGUCAGAUGUGAACGCUGAAGAGUGAGUGAACCACUCUGUCGGUGGUUUAGCCCCUCUUCACAUAAAUGAAUUCUUCUUCUUUUUUUGUAAUUGUUGCCUUUUUUAAAAUAUAUAUGUUUUUGUAUCUGAGUUCAGACCAGAGUGAUGAUUAAAAUGUAUUGAAUACGCAAAGAAAAGAAUGUCAUAUUUUAGCCAUGUGCUCACUGUGAUGCGUGUGUGAGAUCAUUAUACUCACACACGCCAAACAACCUUUCACACAGUAAACAUUCGCCGCACUCACAACAACACCGUCACAGUUUCACACCAUCAACAACCCGUCAUCACCUGUCACUCAUUACAGUCACACUCAGUGUCUCUCACACUGUUGUGCCAUAAUUACACAUCAGCUGGUUCAGUGUAGGUCACUUUGUCUCCAUGCAGCACUUCAUUUCAAACUGUUCCUCACUGCCAAAGACUUUUCUUCUACCUGAAUAAAAUAAAUUAUUAUCAUUAUUA